UAUUUUCUCUUUUUAACAUUAGAAUUCCAAAUUUAAAAACUAUUAUUCUUAACGAUGGUUUUAUCGGGAAAGGCAUUGGCGCUGUUUGAGGGUAUUCGCAAGGGCGAUAGGAGGGCGCUGGCUCGCGUCCACCGAUCGGAUCACAGGAGCGAUGCCCGGGAGCUUGUCUCGGCGUGCGCUCGGAUGCCACGGCCCAGAUCGCUGCGCAUCGGGCUGACGGGCACGCCAGGAGUUGGCAAGUCGACGUUUAUCGAGGCAUUCGGCAUGCUUCUGAUAAACAAGGGACACCGAGUGUCCGUUCUGGCGGUUGAUCCGUCGUCGGCGCGCUCGACACGGAUGCAGGAUCUCAGCGUAGCCACUGAAGCCUACGUGCGUCCCUCGCCCAGCCGCGGGUCCCUAGGCGGUGUAGCACGCAACACUCUCGACUCCAUAAUCCUAACCGAAGCCAGCGGCUUCGACAUCUGCCUGGUGGAGACUGUCGGCGUCGGGCAGUCUGAAACAAUGGUUUCCGACAUGGUUGACAUGUUUAUCCUUCUUCUGCAACCGGGCAGCGGCGACGAACUACAGGGCGUCAAGCGCGGCAUUAUGGAGCUCGCUGACCUCAUCAUUAUCAACAAGGCCGAUGGCAACUUGGAACUCCCGGCUAAACUGACUCGCGCUGAAAUCACCAAUGCCCUGCAUUUGAUGAUCCCCAGGAGGAAAAGUUGGACGCCAAAAUGCUUGCGCGCGUCGGCGGCUACAGGGUAUAAUUUGGAGCGCGUUUGGGGAUCGAUUGAGAAGUAUUUUGAGGGGCUGAGGGAAUCUGGAGAGUGGGAUGGAUUGAGGGCGGCGCAACAAGAAAAGUGGAUGUGGAGGGAGGUUAAUCAUUUGCUCAUGGGCAGGAUUAAUGCCGAUGAGGCUGUUAGGGCUUUUGCAAAGUCUCUGGAGGAGAAUGUGCGGAGUGGCGAGAUUCCACCGGGAAUCGCUGCUGAGAGGGUUGUUGAUAAGUUCCUAUCGUCAUACAUUUCACAAAAACAUGAAUUCAAGUGAGAAUUGACUUGAUCAAGCGCUAUUUUUAUUUUUCCCACUUUGCUUUGCUCGACAGAUUCUUAAAUCAUAACGAAUUAUUUAUCCACAAGGAAAACGACUCUAACAAUAGCCUAACAAGAAAAAAGCCACUGUUCGGUGCAAAAAACGGCCAGCAAAUGGCAACUCAAUUUUCAGUAAUAGCUUUAGGAAUGGCUACCACAGAUAC